CUUUUCUCGUGUUUUCUUAAUUUAAGUGCUCAAAAAAUAAAAUGUGAAAUAAAUAAGGAAUGUAAUCUGUAUUGUACUAAAAACGCUACCAUAGAAGUAACUAUUACUACGUGCAAAAUAUUGAACUAUGUCAGUUUGAUGUACACUAAUAUUGGUGAAACACAGAAAUUGAAACCUUUUUCAAUAAAAAUUCUCAUUCUAACAUCUAAUGAUAUACAAAAUAUAAGUCGUGCAAUCAAGGGAUUAAAAAUUGAAAGAUUGAAUAUAAAUGAAAAUAUUAUUACGGAAUUGAAAACAGGUAUGUUUGAAGAAAAGAAAUCUUUCAGAACCGUAUCGCUAGUAAAUAAUCAAAUUAAUGUUUUGCAACGAAAAUCGAUUCCUAUGGCUCUUUAUCUAUAUCUCAAUAACAAUUUGAUUAAAUCAUUAAAUGCAGACAUGUUUAUUAAUAUAUCCUACGUGCAAUCCUUAUAUUUGAAUAAUAACUGUUUAAAGAAGAUUACGGUUUCAUCACUGAUGGGUUUAAAAGCAAUUAUUUUGGAAUUAAGCCAUAAUCAGUUAGAAGAUUUAGAAGACAGAUCAAUACCGGAAGUAGAAAAAUUGUUCAUGAACAACAAUAAACUGACAUCAAUUAAUUCAAAAAUGUUCGUUAAUAUUUCGCACUUGUCAAUCCUCGAAUUGAGUUAUAAUAAAAUCACCGAAAUAACGAAUUGCAAAAUUAACAAUUCCAACCUGAGCAUACUCAAAUUAAGUCACAAUAAAAUAUCCCACAUAGUGCAAGCGUCUUUUGAGGGGAUGCAGAUGUUAAAGAAUUUAUCGCUAACAAAUAAUCUGAUUACAUCGAUGGAAAUGAAUUCAAUACCGAUAGUGGAAUAUCUAGAUUUGAGUUACAAUUUACUUACAUCCAUCGAAGAAAACAUGUUCUCCGAUGUGUAUUAUCUUGAGUCUGUGGAUAUAAGGUACAAUUGUAUCAAAGAGACAGAUUUGAAAUUGAUGGAACAAGUAUUGAUUUUGAAUCAAAAAUUUAACGAAAAGUGCAGUACUCAUAUCACGAAAAUGGACAUAUUUUUGAUAUUGAAUAGUGCAGUUUUUGUUGUAUUAGUUAUUGUCGCUAUUGUAAUAACAGUAUAUACAAGACGAUUCACCAAAUUCUCAAAGCAUUUUACGAAUUCCGAUUGGGCCUAUAAUGCACAAUUAUUUUAUGGUAAGGAUGGAAGGAAUAUAAUUAUUAUUGGUUAA